ACAAGAUAAACCUUCCCCAAUAUUGAAUUUGAACCAAAAGGAAAGAAACCAUGAUCAGUGGAAAGUUUAGAACCGGUGACAUAGUAUGGGCAAAGCCAACAAUUCCCUCCCCUCCCAACACCGCCACAUCCUCCUCCGACCUCGCCAUCUCCCUCUCCUUCUUCAACAACCCCACCACCGACCUCCCCACUCGCACGUUCUUCCUCGAAUCCGAACUUCUCCCCUUCGAUAAACCCUUCCCCUUUACAACCUCCCCUUCUCCCCAAAACGACGCGUUUCUCUCCGCACUUAGGUUAUUCGGUCUAAGAAUUGUCUCAAGUUUAACCUGCUGCUGUAUAAAAGGUCAUCACGAAAAGAAGACGGGUUUAAACGGUUCGGGUUAUUGUUUUGAACCGAUUAGGGUUUUGGGUUUUGUUUUGGAUGCUGCUGUUUUGCCUUGGGUUGAAGGUUCACGUGUUGUUGAUGCGGUUAAAUUGGUUGCUCAUGUUCAUGCUUUUCGUCGUUAUUCUUCUGUUCAGCAAAAGAAAGUCUACCAAGAAAACCGAAAAUUAGGUGAUAAUGUGAAGCAGCAUCGGUGUUCCUCUUUGAGUCAGAAGGUUCACUUAGUUACUUGUAAGUCUACGGCUUUAGAACCCAAAGAAAAAUCUCAGGUCAUAUCCAAGCAAGGGGAGGAAAACUCGACUAUUGGUGCUAUAAGAAGAUUGAAGCCAACAGUUCCUGAUUUGGAAGGAUCUAGUGGUAAGAAUGAACUCUUUAUGCAUUCUCCCACCUUAAUCCCAUUGCACAUUUGGGGAAAUAUUCUAAAUUUGGAAAGGCAGAACCUUCUGAGAUUUAAAAGUAUACUACCCCGUGGCCUAGUUGAUAUGUGCUUUGGAAACUGUUCUAGAAUGAGGGAAGCUUACUUUUCUAUUUCUUCAAACUUUAAGACUCACUUGAUCAGUUAUAUCAGUAAAAGAAAAGACAAUGUACCAUGGCUUUGCUCUAGAUUGCAAGAAACAGAAAUCACUAUACACCUCAACAGGAAAAGAAAGCGACUAGAUAAACAUGAUUUAGGUAAUGUUUUUCCGCAAACUGGCAGAGUUGAAGAAAGUGUAGGGAAUGCACACAUCUCAAAAAAUACUAGACCUAGGAUCUCACACAUCAAGAUGCUUGAAUCAGAAGAAAGUAUCCAAAUAGACGAUCAGGCCUGCAUACACUUUGGCAAAACUAACAUAAAUUUCACUGAUAAGGAUCAAAAACUUGAUAUGAAAAGAAGUCAAAGUUUGACCUUACAGCAGUCUUUUACCCGUGAAUCCUCAUCUAACUUGAUGUCUGACUUCCAAUCCGAUAUCUGCGAGGUUGAUGCUAGUACAGCGAAAGUUAACUUUGUGUUGGGAUCUAACUCCUCUGUUUACCGGGAGAGGCUGCAAAGAAUUUGCAAUGGUGAUAUGACACCUCUUAAGUCAAAAGAGUCGGUGAGAAUAAAAUUGUCUUCUGGGGAUUGUUUGGUGGAGAGUAAAGAUUCUUAUCCUUAUGUUGCUUCUUGUUCAACAUUUAAAUCAAAAGUUGGACAACAAUCAAAACCACAUGUUCCCUUAUGUUCUAAAUCUUUGCACAUGAAGUUCCCCAAGAAUUUCGACCUACCGUCGAAAGAACAGCUAAUAAAGAGUUUUAGUGGAUUUGGCUCAGUAGAUUCUUCAAGCACAAGAGUCUCUUGGUACUGUGGCUCAGCUCAGGUGGCUUUUCUCAAAGAAAGUGACGCAGUUGCUGCAUAUCAAUAUGCCAAAAGGAAGAUCUGGUUUGGCGAGCCUAAUAUCCGGUUUUGGCUUGAUCCUUUUGAGCAUAAACGAAGAGAUCUCAAGUGUUCAUAUCCCAUGCAGACAUCAUCAAACAAACUAAUAGGACCACCACUGAAAUCAUGUCUGAAAAAAUUCAAUUCCUUGAAACAGGAAAACAGAAAGAAACAUUAUAGGGUAAGAUUUACAAUAGGAACUUAGUUUGUAGAGAUUUGCAGUAUUAAAAUGUUUUACCCUAUUCAAUGAAGUGUUUCUGCUCA